AUGGAGCAGCGCAUGCGACAAUUCAAGGCAUUCAUGACCUCUAUGGGACAAUCACAUCUAUGCCCUGGUGCUCAGCAGUCUUCACUUGCAAACGGCGGUAGUACAUCGUCUGUCAGUAGUGCAUCUGCAGAAUAUCUAUGCGGGGGCACCUCCAUGGCUGAUUGCUAUAAGAACGAUUUGGAUCACUUUUGCAUAGAGUGUCGUCGGUCUUUGUGUUCAAAUUGUCUUCCCGCUCACAAGCGUCACAAGCACGUCAAGAUUCGGAGAUAUGUCUACAAUGACGUUAUAAAUCGGCAAGACUUACACAAGCUCUUCGACUGCUCCGGUAUACAGACAUAUUAUACGAAUAAAACCAAAGUGGUGUUCUUGAAACAAAGACCUUACCAACAGCAGCAGCAGCAGAACAACUUGAGGGAGUAUAGGUGUACCACCUGUGAUAGGAGUCUACAAGAUAAUUCACUCUAUUGCAGUGUAGCAUGCAAGGUCAAUGAAGGCCAAGACAAUGUAACAAUUGGAGACGGAAAAUACCUUGCUCUAUCGAUAUCCAAGAGGAGGAAACUGAGGAAAGGAGCCCCUUUAAGGGCCCCAAUGUUCUGA